AUGUACCCCUUGAAGGUGCUCUCGACAUGGGCCCCCUUCGAAAUCGACGCCCUCGGCCUCCUCACCCUUCUGGGCGCAAAUGAAGUCGACAUGGCCGUUGGCCGCUUAGCGCCUAGCUACUGGCUCGAGUAUAUGCCCCUUCUGGCUGGGUUCGUCUUCGCGGGCAGUCGAUUCCGGGGAAAGCAGCCCGCAUUCACGCUCUAUAACAUCUCGAGUGGUAUUGUGACGGGUAACCUGGCGGCCUGGUUUACGCGAUGGAUGCAGGUCCAGGAAUUCGAGGUAUCACGCAGCAUUGUCUACUGGGAGAUUGCCAAGGUGAAAGCUGCACACAGGAGGUGGAAGUACUUUAUAGUUCCAGCAGCGAUCUCCGCUUUCUUCAACGGGCUCUUGAUUGCCAUCACAAUGCUCUCCGGCGAUUGGUAUGGCUUCGCUAAUGCUCUUUCGAUUAUCUUUCUUAUCGGCGCCCGCUCCUAUAUGAUCCAAGCAAGCCGCGAUGCCAUCGACAGGGUUGUCGCCGCGGCAAGGCCCCUCCCUAGCACAUUCACCGGCGCAGUUCAGGAUUGGCAGAAGAAGCAUGGACAGAAACAUCAAAAGCCCCCGGCAAAUGGCAGCCCCAGUGGUCGUCCCAUCACAGCUCCCAGACCACGACUUGACUCUAAGCAAUGGCGGCCAGAGGUCGCCAAGAUACUAGUUACCAUGCCGGACUCGAAAGCCGUCACCAUGUUCAUUCCCGAACACCUGCUGCGCGGGGUCUUCGUGACCGAGACGUCCAUCCUCUCGCCGGGGCUGUACCGACUAGCACAAUGGUUAGGGUGGGUGGCGUUUACGGUCCAUGUGGUUACGCUGGGCAUGGCGCAUCUCGCGACGCAGCUGUAUAUCAUCGCCUUGACUGUUAUUCCGACGGUCCUGACAUGUUACGGAUUCGGAUGUGACGAUUCGCGGAUUUAUGCGUGGUGGCGCGGGCUUUGGGACAAGAAGGUCCGACAGCCAUAUAUCCAUUGGGCAGGGGCCCAUCUAAAGGCGACGGUCUUCGAGUGGCCUAUGGACGUUGAAUUCUCAAAGGAUGAAAAGGGGAAAAUCCACAGAAGGAAACGGAAUGGUGACGUGGUUCCACGCGGCAAACGAUCGACGGCGCGCAUGGAUCUCUAUGCCUGGUUGGAUCUCAGCGAUGAAGAGCAGAGGAGCCUUUGGGACUGGCAUUUGCUCCCACAUCAGCGCGGCCAUGACGAUACGUGGUGGAAUGACUUUGAAGACAAGAAGAGUUUGAUAAGAGAGAAUCCCCCGGAUAUUCACUCGGCUAAGAAUUCCAUUCAGCGUGGCUUUGAGGCUGCUAGUGCGAGAUGGACAUGGACAUUUGGUGGUAUAGCCAAGGAUGGAAAGGAUAUUGAGAAGGGCCAUGCCGCAUAG